AUGGCAAGCAAAGAAAAGCAGCCUGCCGCUGGCGGCAAGGGCGGGACGACGACGAACCCCCGCGGCAUUCCCACUGCGCCGUUCGUCGACAAAGUGGAAGAUUAUGUCUCGUCGCGCGACGAGGUCGAAGGCACGCUACAGAGCUUCCAGGAGCUAAUAUCCAAGUACCAGUUUAUGGAGAUGAACCUUCAACGGCGUAUGACUGGCCUCAAGGACAAGAUUCCAGACAUUCAGAAAACACUAGAUACUGUCCAGUUUAUGAAGCUGCGCAAGGACGAGAGCGAGCCGAUCGAGACAACAUUCGAGCUCAACGACACACUAUACGCGCGCGCAAACAUUCCACCGACAGAAGAAGUUUACAUCUGGCUUGGAGCCAAUGUCAUGCUUUCAUACCCCAUUGACGAAGCCCAGACGUUGCUCGAGUCGAAGCUCAAGGCGGCCAAGACUAGCUUAUCGAAUUGCGAAGAAGACUUGGACUUUAUUCGUGAGCAAAUUACGACCAUGGAGGUCGCUACGGCGCGCGUGUACAACUGGGAGGUUGUCCAGAAGCGAAAAGAAAAGAAGGAAGAGGAAGAAUCAAAAGCUGCUGCUAAGCUUCAAGAAAAGUCAUAG